UUACAUUAUUUUGACUCUCACAAACAAAAUCACAAAACUCAGAAACUUUCCAUUAUUAUCAAAUCCUCUUCUUCAUCCUCAUGAAAUUUCUAUUUCCAUGGAUUCUUUCCCCUUCUUUUCCUUCAUUUUCCAAAUUUUUCCAUUUCUUUUCCUCUCUGUUUCCUCUUUACAGACUCUUUCCAUUUCCGAAACUGCAAAUCAGACUCUGAUUUGCAGUUUGAAUGCUCGUUUUUCUUUGAAUUGUUCCAGUUUUCCUUCUGGGAUUCAAAUUCCCUUCAACCCCAAUGAUUCUUAUUCUGGGAUUGUUGCCGGAGAUGGGUUUUUUUGUGGGUUAAGAAACUUUCCGACCACCUCCAAUUCCAUCGUCGUUUGUUGGAGAUUCUCUGUAAACGGAACAAACAUGGAGACCAAAAGGGUUUACGAUGGCCCAAAUUUGAAGGAACUUCGAGCUGGGAAUUCCCACAUUUGUGGAGUUGUUAAUGCUACUAAUCAGCUAGAAUGUUGGCAAUGGCGGCGAUUUGAUCGAAAUUUCACUUUUGAUUUCUCCUCCAUCGCUGUAGGUAGCGAUUUCAUUUGUGGGCUCUCUAACCCCGGCGUGAUUCGUUGCGAGGGAACUGGGAAUUCCACCGUUGCAGUCGACGGAGGUGGUAGGUACACGGCAGUCACCGCCGGGUUCCGGCACGUAUGUGCGAUUAAUUUGAGGAACGAAUUGGAGUGUUGGGGGAUGGGGGUCGGAGAGAGGCCGGCAGGGGAGUUUAAAAUGUUGGCUUUAGGGGAUGACCGGAGCUGUGGCCUCCGCUUGAAUGGGACGGCUGUUUGUUGGGGUGAAAAAAAUUUCACCUUGCCGGAGAGGUUAAAAGGGGAGUUUUUUACUGUGAUUGAAGCCAAGAAAAAUGUUUUUUGUGGAAGUUUAAGAGGAAAUUUCUCUUUACUCUGCUGGGGAAAUGAAAUUUUAGAUCGAAAUUUGUUACCCAUCUUCGAUUUUGUUUCACCUGGUCCUUGUAGAUCCCAAUGUCCAUGUGGCCCAUUUCCCUACACACAACAAUUUUGUACUCCACCAACUAUGAUUUGUAAACCCUGUGAAAACAGAGCUCAGUUUCCUCCACCACCGCCGCCGUCUUCGCCACCGCCGGAGAUAUCCCAUCAUUCCUCCGGUCAACGGUGGAGUGGCGGAAUGGUGGCUUUACUUGUAGUGGGGUGUGUUGGGAGUUUGUCAUUGGUACUGAUUUGUUCAUUUUUUGUGUACAAAUAUUGUAAAAACAGAGUUUGUCGUGUUCAUGAUUCUGGCCCAAUGGAGGAUCCAGUCGGAACAACUGACGGCGUUGAUCACCGUGAGACGGUGGUCGGUCGGCCGGGAAAUGGGAAGAGGGUUUUGGAGAAGAGAUUGAGCCAUUUGAUUAGCUUGGGAAAUGGAGGGCAAUUUGGGAAAUUGGAGGAUUUUCCUCUUUCAGUCCUUGUCGAAGCUACAAAUAAUUUUUCUGAAGAACACAAAAUUGGAAGUGGAAGCUUUGGAUCGGUUUACAAGGCUGUGUUGAAUGAUGGUCGUGAAGUAGCCAUUAAAAGAGCUGAAUUUUCAUCCAUUUCUUCAUCAGCUUGGGGAACAAAGAGACAAGAAGACAAAGACAAUGCUUUCCUUAAUGAACUCGAAUCUUUGUCUCGCAUUAACCACAAAAACCUCGUACGCCUUCUUGGAUUCUUUGAUGACACACAUGAAAGAAUGUUGGUCUAUGAAUUCAUGAGCAAUGGCACUCUCCAUGACCAUCUUCACAACCUCCCCUCCUCCUCGCUUGCCACUUCUUGGGCUCGUCGCAUCGCCGUCGCACUCGACGCCGCCAGAGGGAUCCAAUACCUCCACGACUACCUCUCGCCGCCAAUCAUCCAUCGUGACAUCAAAUCCUCAAACAUACUCCUCGACAACAGAUGGACUGCUAAGGUUUCUGACUUUGGACUCUCGUUAAUGGGACCAGAUGAUGGGGAGUCACAUCUGUCACUACGUGCAGCAGGGACAGUAGGAUAUAUGGAUCCAGAGUACUACAGAUUGCAGCAGUUGACAACAAAGAGUGAUGUGUAUAGCUUUGGAGUGGUGUUAUUGGAAUUGUUGUCGGGAUGUAAAGCUAUACAUAAGAACGAGAUUGGAGUGCCAAGGAAUGUAGUGGAUGUGAUGGUGCCAUAUAUAGUGAGAGAUGAGAUACAUAGGGUAUUGGAUGUGAAAGUGCCGCCACCAACACCGUUUGAGAUAGAGGCAGUGAAGUAUGUGGGAUAUUUGGCCGCCGAUUGUGUCAUUACAGAAGGAAGGCAUAGACCUUCAAUGACGGACAUUGUAAAUUGUUUGGAGAGGGCUUUGGCUGCUUGUUUGGCUCCUACAACCCUCUCUAGAUCUUCAACUGAAUCAUCAAUGUAAAGCAUUUCUUCAAAUGAAAUUAAAUUCAUUCAAUAUUCUUUUUUUA